AGAGCCGACCGGACGCAGACCCACCACACACGUGUCACGGAGCACCGGCGCGACGCGAACAGUCUCGUUUGGCGAUGCGGCGGCGUUUUGUUAUCUGUUCGUUAUCGUCAUUGCACCGCGACCGCAUUAAAAUUUAAAAUCCUGUCCGCACCACGGAGACUGUAAACACCGCUGUAGUGUUACGAGAACAUAGAAAUCCAUUUCGCGUGAACAGCAUCGGCAGUUUAUCGAAUUCAGCGAAAAUCUCACGACUCGGUUGGUUCUCCGUAUGCGUGUCUUAUUGCAUAUUAUACCAAACAAAAGUCAACGAACAAGAGUAUCAUCAUUCGUACAGCGCGGCACUGGUGAUUUUGAGGAUUCAAUAAGUCCAUUAUAGUUCAAUACUAAAAUUCAUUGAUCCAUCCAGACAACAAUAAUAACAAUCGGAGUUGCUCCUCUAAACACGUACAACAAAAAGCAACCGAAAACCGGCCACACCGUACCUAACCGAUCUCUCGGCGACUGCAAUCGUGUGUCCUUGUGCAAUGUACAUAAUUAAAUGAAAAUGAACACAUCAGCAUCAGAAAAUGUCAAAAUCACUGACUCAACUCCCGAAGAAACAGGAGAUAGAGUCAGGCUCAAAAAACAGCUGGGUCUUCUUGAAGGCGUUGCCAUCAUUUUGGGCAUAAUAUUUGGAUCUGGUAUAUUCAUCUCACCGUCGGGCGUAAUGAACGAAGCUGGAUCGGUCGGCCUCAGCUUAACCAUGUGGUUCAUGUGUGGCAUGUUGUCCAUGAUCGGCGCAUUGUGUUACGCCGAAUUGGGAACGUCUAUACCGCGGUCGGGCGGCGACUACACGUACCUGUUUGAAGGAUUCGGACCGCUGCCGGCGUUCCUCUACCUGUGGGACGCCAUGCUCGUGUUUGUGCCCACCACAAACGCCAUCAUGGGACUGACGUUCGCCAACUACGUGAUCAAACCGUUCUUCCCAGACUGCGACAACCCGGACCAGGCGGUCAGACUCCUGGCGGCCGCCGUGAUUUGUUUCAUAACUUUCAUCAACUGUUGGAACGUCAAAGCCACUACUAAAGUUCAAAACGUGUUCAUGUUCACCAAGAUAUCCGCUCUGGUGUUGAUCAUCGUAUGCGGCGGCGUUUUCCUGUAUUCGAAUGGAUUUUCCAAAUUCAUGAACCCUUGGCAAGGAUCGGUCACAGACCCCGGCAGAUUGGCCGUCUCCGUUUAUUCCGGGAUAUACUCGUACUCAGGAUGGAACUAUUUGAAUUUUAUGACCGAAGAACUGAGGAACCCUUACGUGAAUCUGCCAAGAGCCAUUUACAUUUCCAUGCCGUUGGUGACCAUUAUCUACGUGUUGGCCAACGUUGCUUACUUGGCCGUUCUGACGCCGCAUGACAUGGUGACAACUAAAGCGAUUGCAGUUACAUUUGGUCAUUUAGCAAUGGGUUCGUUUGAAUGGAUCAUGCCAUUGAUGGUUGCCUUAUCAGCAUUUGGCGGUCUGUGUGUUCACGUCAUGACUUCAUCCAGAAUGUGCUUUGUCGGUGCGCGGUACGGUCACUUCCCAUCAUUUUUGUCACACAUCAAUGUGGAAAGGUACACACCCACACCAUCUCUAGUGUUUUUGAACAUCUUAUCUUUACUCAUGCUCUUUACAAGUGAUGUUGACAUGCUUAUAACAUAUUCAAGUAUUGUAGAGGCGUUCUUCACGAUGCUAUCGGUAUCAUCAGUAUUGUGGAGCCGAUGGAAGCGUCCAAACAUCAAUAGGCCAAUUAAGGUUUCCCUUUGGAUCCCAAUCACGUAUGUAAUAGUGUCAUUAUUCUUAAUUGUCUUGCCAUGUUAUGUAAGGCCUUUUGAAGUUGGCAUGGGAGUUGGUAUCACCUUGUUAGGCAUUCCAGUGUACUAUCUAUGCGUAGUUUGGAAAACUAAGCCUGUGUGGUUCCAAAACACAUUGAAGCAUGUGACGUUCACCAUCCAAAAGUUGUUUGUUAGUGCCAAAGAAGAAAAAGAAGAAGACAUUUGGGAAUAAUGAUAUGGGUUUCUUUAUUUUAUGAUCUACUUGUCAAUUAUUGAUUUUUAACGGUUUUAAGUAUUUACCUAAAACAUUUUCUCUGAAAACAUUUAAAUUUUCCAGACUUAAUUUACUUUCAUGUUUUUAUUUUAGUUUUAAAGACAUGAAUUUUUUAUUAUGCUACUUACUAUACUCUGUCCAACAAGAAAAUACUCCACGGCUCGAUAAAAAUCGAUUCUUCUAAGAAUCCCAUCGCAACACCCUACCAUUGCAGAACUGAUCUGGAUGGCAAAAUGUCACCACAUGGGGAUGCGCAGAAUUGGCAUAUACUCUUGCUGGACAGAGUAUAUAUAAACAUUUACAGUUUUACUUUUCAUUUUUUUUUUUAUUUUUAUUGUCAAUCAGUAUUACAAAAUGUAUAAAUGUUUAUAUUAAAUAUUAUUUACAUUAAAAGAAAACGUAUAUACUUUAA